AAAAAAACUACUUUCUGUUUAGUGACAACGUUGUAUUCCAGCUUUUUGUCUAAUUAUUACAGUUUUAUCCAAACACUGUCUUCUCUGAACCUCUUUUCAUUUCAAAGUUAGAUUAGAUAGAUAUCAUACUUGGUUCCAUCUCAAGCUAGAAACUAAGUAUUGUUGGCGAUGGCUGAUAUAAAAGAAGAGAUGAAGAAUGUUGAAGCACCAGAAAUGGAGAAAGAAGAAACGCCGCCGCCUCAGAAGACGAAGCGCGUGGCUUCUCUGGAUAUCUUUCGAGGCCUCACUGUUGCGUUGAUGGUGUUGGUUGAUGAUGCCGGAGGAGAGUGGCCAGUGAUAGGGCAUGCGCCAUGGAAUGGCUGCAAUCUUGCUGAUUUUGUGAUGCCAUUCUUUCUGUUUAUUGUGGGAAUGGCUAUUGCACUUGCUCUCAAGAGAAUACCAGAAAAGUUAGUGGCUAUCAGAAAGGUUAUCUUAAGGACCCUAAAACUUCUAUUUUGGGGACUCCUAUUACAAGGAGGCUAUUCACAUGCCCCUGACAAGCUAACGUAUGGUGUGGACAUGAAAAGGAUAAGGUGGUGUGGCAUUCUCCAGAGGAUUGCUCUUGCUUAUUUUGUGGUGGCAAUGGUAGAGAUUUCAAUGCAAAAAUCCCAGGCUAAGGUUCUAUCCCGGGAACGAUUCUCCAUAUUUAAGCUAUACUAUCGACAGUGGGUGGUUGGAGGUUGUGUUUUAGUGGUUUACUUGGCAACAUUGUAUGGAACUUAUGUUCCUGACUGGCAAUUCCUUGUGGAAAAUACAGACAGCCCUGACUUUGGGAAGAUCUUAACUGUAUCUUGCAAUGUCCGAGGGAAACUGGAUCCUCCCUGUAAUGCAGUGGGUUAUGUUGACAGACAAGUGCUAGGAAUCAAUCACAUGUAUCCACAUCCGGCCUGGAAGAGAUCUAAGGCUUGCACGAAGAGUUCUCCAUACGAGGGUCCUUUCAGAAAUGAUGCCCCGUCGUGGUGUUGGGCGCCUUUUGAACCAGAAGGAAUACUGAGCUCAAUUUCUGCUAUCCUCUCUACUGUUAUUGGAGUUCAUUUUGGACAUGUUCUUAUCCAUUUCAAGGAUCAUUCUUCUCGACUUUUGCAUUGGAUUGCCAUGGGACUUGCCCUUCUGCUUUUAGGAAUCAUCCUUCAUUUCACAAAUGCCAUUCCCCUAAACAAGCAACUCUACACUUUGAGCUAUGUCUGUGUGACAUCUGGAGCCGCCGCAUUGGUGUUCUCAGCCUUCUACAUUCUGGUUGACAUUGGGAAGCUCAGAUAUGUGUUUAUGCCACUGGAAUGGAUUGGGAUGAAUGCAAUGUUGGUUUAUGUCAUGGCAGCUGAAGGCAUUUUUGCAGGUUUUAUCAAUGGCUGGUACUAUGAUGAUCCUCACAACACACUGGUGUAUUGGAUCCAGAAACAUGUGUUUAUUGGAGUAUGGCAUUCAAAAAGAGUGGGAACUUUGAUGUAUGUAAUAUUUGCAGAGAUAUUGUUCUGGGCUGUCAUUGCUGGUUUGUUUCAUUGGCUAGGCAUUUACUGGAAACUGUAAAACCUUUUUACUGCAACUGUAAGCUUCACCCAUGUGCAAUAUUAUCAUUGGCUUCUUACGUUUU